AUGGGGUACUCACAUAACAUGUCACUAAUUGUUUAUGCUAUAUUGAUAGCAUACCUACAUUUCUCUUAUGUCCAAAAUGCACCACAAGACUACGUGAAUGCCCACAAUCAGGCUCGAAAAGAGGUCGGUGUGGGGCCUGUGAUGUGGAAUGCUAAGUUGGCUAAAUUUGCUGAAAAUCAAGCCAAUCAAAGAAAGACCGAUUGCGCAAUGCAACACUCGCGCUCUUCACAAUACGGUGAGAAUCUUGCCACUGGGACGGGGGAGUUCUCGGGUAUGGAUGCAGUGAAAUUGUGGAUCAAAGGGAAAGCUAAUUAUGAUUACAAGUCGAACUCUUGCGUUCAGAUGAGGAAGUGUGGGGGCUAUACUCAAGUGGUUUGGAGAAAAUCGACCCUUAUUGGGUGUGCCAGGGUUAAAUGCAAUAAAAAUAAUUGGUUCGUGACUUGCAAUUAUGAUCCUUCGGGGAACAAUAUUGGUGAGAAACCAUAUUAG